GCCAGCUUCUCUCAGCUUCUUUUCUCAAUCCUGAGGCAUCACAGCUCCUUACUUGUUGCCCUGCAUAAGCAGCUGAUCGGCCACUUCUCAGAACCAAAGAUGAAGAUCGGGAAGGCUCCUGAGCUCUUGAAGAAGGCGGCAGCGAUGUGUAAGAGCAAGACCGCCAGGCUCCUCCUCCUUGCCUCGCUGCAGCGCCGCAGGAUGGCCACAGGCGCGGUGGUCUCACGCAAGAUCGACGCACUCAUUGUGGCCGACUGGGAGAGAGCAGACCGCCACAAGGCUCUCGCGCUGCACAUGGUCGGGAAGAGACCGAUAAUCAUCCAUGAGAGUAACUUGGAGGCCAAUUUCGCUCAUCACUUGGCAAUGUUUGGUCAAGAGAAUGGUGAGGCUGGCUGCCCAACUGACCGGACAUUGCAUCCCCUAUUCAACAACGACCACGACAACUGCCCUUACACUGACAAUGAUGAUGUGCUACUUGAUUCAUGCGAUCAUGACGAUGAUGACGAGCCAUCAGUCGUGGAUGUGAUCAGGAGCAAUCGAGAAGUUGAGGGGGUGGAGUCCAACAUGGAGGAUGAGAUUGAUCAGGCUGCUGAUAUGUUCAUUAGGAGGUUCCGGCAGCAGCUGAACGAGGGAUUUUAGGGUCUUAUUUGCACAUGCAUGUACCUCAGCUUAGGGUGUUGUCUUCUUUUUAGGUGCCCACAAAUUAGAAAAUUUUGUAGAAAUCAAUAUGAAUAGGAGUGGAGGCUUGACAAACAGUUA